CCUCAACACAACUACUGCAAAAAAUAAAAAAAUAAAAUAAAAACAAUCAGUUGAAAGAUAGUGAAAGAGUAAAGUCAAGGGCCAAAGGCCAAUCAAAGAUCAUCAUAGUUGUAUACCAAAAUAAAAAAUAAAAAAGAUCAUCAUAGUUGUGGUAUUGAGGAGUUUACGACUAUUUUGUAUUGGAGUAAAUGGAAUUAAAUGAGCUUCAUGAAAUCAUUGAAAGAGAAAAGAGAGACAAUGAGGGUUCCACUUGCUUUUCCAUCAACCACCCAUCCCUUCACAACCCAUAAAAGAUCCACAAGUUGGCCAAAUUUUAACAUUUCUUUGCCGACACCCUCAUCUUCGAUUGAUUGCUAUCUUUUGGACCCCCCCAAAAAAAAAUAUCUUCAAGUCUUUUUCCCUUGUUUUUCUUUCUUUUUUCAGUACCAAUUAUUUCACUCACCCACAACUUUCCAGCUAAAGUUUUUUUGAGUCUCAAAUCUAAAAACUCUUAUGACCAUAAAACAAUGACUAAAUGAGCUAGUAACUUCUAAUAAAGGAUUACAAAUAUUUUGAUAUGACCGAAAAUUGUGAACCAGCAACGAAAACCAAUAAGAGCAUCUUUACAAGUCGACAAGCUCAAUUAACUUGGCAACACGGAAACCAAUACACGUCUACAACACUGACUGAUCAACUCUCAAACAAACUGAAUCCAUCUAUAAAUACCCACCCAAAUAGCUCACAUCCUCCCUGUAUUCAGCUUUGAGUGAGCUAAUUCUUCAAAUAGUAUUUCAACCAACUUUUACUCCUCCACUGAAAAAAAAAGAAAAUAAAAAAAAAAUCCAAACUUUCCUUACUCUGUGAAAUAGUUUCUCCCACCAAUGGAUUUCUUGAAGAAAUUUGCUGAAACCAACAUCUCCAAGGCUGAAGAAAGCACUGAGAAACCAUCAUCAGAACCGGCAGCAGCAGCAGCUGAUCAUCAGAGCAGCAAUCCGAGUGAUCUGUUCUCAAGUGCUAAACUUGUUGCUGAGGCAGCCAGAUCCACAAUCCAGAAAGAAGAACCAAAAUAUGAUAAUGCAGAGGUUGCAGGGGCGGCUGCUGAUCUUCUUGAUGCUGCUCAGACUUAUGGGAAGCUAGACAAAACUUCUGGUGUUGGAAGUUAUAUUGAGAAAGCAGAGACUUAUCUUCAUGAAUAUGAAACUUCCAAUAAACCAAAAACUGUUCCUCCUCCAGAAGCGCCCAAGACUGAAGAAAAAGAAGCUCCCAAAACAGAGGAUUCCCCUGUUAAGGAAGAAACUAAGACUGAAACAGAGGAGGCAGUGAAGACUGAAACAGAGGAAGCUCCAAAAGAAGAAGUAAAAGAAGAGAUUCCAAGUGAACCAGCCAAACCCACAACUACUGAGGAACCUAAAUCAGAGAUUCCAAGUGAAGUUGGUGAGUAUGCUAAGAUUGCUGAAGGGUUCUUGAGCAAGCAAUCUGAAGGAACAGGAGAAUCUGAGAAAAGUGGACUUGGAGAUGUUGCCAAGCUAGCUGGUGGUUUCUUCAAAUAGAUUCGAUGAUGACACAUAUGAUCAGAGUCGCCAGAUCCAUCUGUGUGUAUUUUAAAGAGUUCCAGAUUCUUCUUUAGUAACUUUCGUUUUUUCUUCAUCAUUUAGUGGUGUAUUCAUCGUGCUUGUAAUAGCCCUUGUAUUUGUUCCCUGGUUUUCUGCUUGUUUGGUUUCAAAAAUUGGAAAAAAACAAAAGAAAAGAUUGGGUUGUGUGUUUUACUUAGUUGAAUUUGUGUGAAGAAAAUGGUUAUUGCAGACUGUAAUUGCUUUUUGGUUUCUUGGAUUUUCUUAAUUUCUUUGGAUUCUUCUAACGUUUGCAACGUAAUGCUUACAUUGUUGUUUGUGGCACGCAUGAUGAUGUAUCUUUAGUCAAUGUAUUUGAUGUUUUCUGAACUUUCGGCCUUAUCUUGUGCCAACAAUAAUUGAACAGAAAUCAAUAUGUUAUUGAAGAAACUAUAUGGUCCAUUUAUCUAUAUGAUCCAUAAAACCUAGCAGGAUUUUUACUGAAUAUGAUAGUAACCAAAAAAAAUAAGUAAAUAAAAAUGGAAAGGAAGAUGUCACUUGGCACCAUUGCCAUUGAGCAUGUGAAGAG